UGAGCGCUCGUUUGGCGCGCUCGGGAUGGGGCGGCGCGAGAGGGGAAGAGCCUGGUGAGGAAGAAGAAGAGCUCGUGGCGCCGCUUUCCCGCAACGGUCCCUCUCUCGGCGCGCGCUGCUCCUCCUCCUCCUCGCGGCAUGUGGCUCGGCGGUGCCGGUGAGCGGCUGCGCGCGGUGCCCGUGCUUGUGGGGACCCGCCGUUCCGUGAAGGUGGCUGGCCAGGGAACGCCGCGGAGCCUCUUCCCCGGGGUGGGGGUGGGGGUUUCGGGCUCCCCCUCCUCCCUCGGGCCCCGCUUCUCCAAGCCCAGAGUUUGGGAGUCAAUCCAAGUCUCCUCGACGUGCCUCGCCUCAGGCCUGCAAAACCCCGGCGAGGGAGGGGGGGGGCACGGGAGCAGGCAGGAUUUACGUGGGGGGAGGGGCAGAACCUCAUUGAGUUAUUUUUUUAAGAAAUGAUUUAGGGCCUGCCCUCCCCCCUUGGCUACGUCCAUAGAAGGGGGGGCAGUUUUGGGGCGGCACCCCUGAGCCACGGCUGGCUACCAUGGGUAAACUAGGCAGCGUCCCCACAUUUUAGGAAGCCUCUUCCCUCCCCCCACAAGCAAAAACAACCAUUUGUGCAGCAGCUUUGCGCCUCCUUUGUGCAACCAGCCAGCCUGCGUCUUCUUUGUAUUUAAGAUUGCAUUACAUUCAUUUCAUUAUUAAUAUUAAUUGCAUUAUUAAUCCUAUAAGGAAAAAGCUGUUAAACGUUGAGCAACACAGAUAACUAGUGAUACUGAGUCACAAGGUUGCUGGAGGAACUAAGACUCUUUUAUUGGGGAAGUCAUUUAACAAAAUAGGAAGAGUGGAAAGGUACACAGAUAUUGGCACAGAAGCACGUGCAUUGGGGUAAGAGAUUCAACACGGCUCCACCGAGUUGCCAAGGGGCUGCUUAAAGCAACCAGAAGUAGCUUUCCUUCCAUUCUGAGUUCAUUUGGCUAUGCAGGGCUGCCCUAACCACUAGGCGGGGUUGCUAGGUUCACGCCCAGAGAAAGCACCAAUGCGUGUCCUGCAUUACAGAGAGCAGUGAUGGGGGCUGUACUGUUGGAGAAGCUGGCCACUGACACUGCUGCUGCAGCAUGCUUAGUGCUGGUAUGGUAGGGCCAAAAGGGCCAUUUUGUUUCUGGUGGCGGCAGCUGGGUGGCUACGCCUGCAAAGAAGGGAGAUGGCUUUGGGGGAAGGCUUUGCUGUGCAGAAGGUCCCACAUUCAGCUUCCAAGGUAGGGCUGGGAGAGGUCCUCUGCCUUGAAACCCGGGAUAGCUGCUGCUACCGGUCAGUGUGGACUGUACUGAGUUAGGUGGCUUAAUGCCAUGACUCUGGAUGAGGACUCUUCCUUGGUUGCCUUCUUCCAAACACUUCUGAGGCUUCAGUUCCUGCACCUGAUGGCUUGGCUUUGCCAGGCAAAGUUGGGGGAGGUGGGGAAGAUAAUAAACCACCCAGUCACCACCCCAUGUCACAGUAGGAUUCUCAUCAUCACUUGAAUGAAAUUGUAUGGACUCUCCUUCCUUGGAGGUUUUUAAGCAGAGGUUGGAUGGCCAUCUGUCAUGGAUGCUUUAGCCAAAUUCCAGCAUUGCGGAGGCUUGGACUAGAUGAGCCUUGGGUCCCUUCCAGCUCUAUGAUUUUAUUGAAUUUUAAUGAAUUGGGGAGGUGGAGGUAAAAGGUGUAUCAAAGUGGGAAGAGGGCAGCUCUGUGUGUAAAAUAUCUGGGUGUGGAAGAGAAUGUUGCGGGUGAUCCUCAAAGACAGAGGUGUGGGUUAAAAUGACUGGUGGGCCGUGCCUUCAACUCUUUCCCUUCUGCUCAGGUGUUUUGUCACCUACCUCUGGCCAUGCAGCUUAGCUUAACUUUGCAUAUGAACCAGUGCUGCUUUGUUUAUAAGUAAUAAGCCAAGAACAAACCUUAGCUUCCACGGUUUGUGGAAAGAAAAUUGGGUGCUGGUUCACAUGUAAUGUGAAGCCAAGUUUUGCGAGUAAGCUGUGGUUUAUUUCUGACCAUGGCUUAUUGCUAUCAGUGAACCAGGACAGUGUGAUGGGCUUCUUUGGGGUUUCUUGGCAGCUGCAACUAAUGGCUUCUAGGAUCCUUGUGUCUAUCAACUCUCUCUAAAGUGUUCUGUAACUUCUUUCAUAGAUUUUGCUCCAUUCACUUGGAUGACUUUUGCUCUUUUUAAGUUCAGUGACCUAACAGUGUGAAAAUAGCUUUGCAACUUAUUUUUAUUCUGAUCUCUUUCCCAGGCGGCUAUGACAAUAGUUAUGGUGGUAGUGGAUAUACACAAUCACCUGGAGGGUUUGCAUCACCUUCAGCAACCCAAGGCGAAAGAAAAUCGGUACGUAACUUGCCUGUAACAAGUGAGGACUGUUACACUUCUGAAAUUUUAUUAUUAUUAUUUGCUUCCCUUCUGAAAGAGUUGUAUUGGUUUCAUAGAAUGAAAUGCACUUUGUUACAGAAAUAAUGUUUGGAUCACAACCGUUCUCCUCAUCUGAGGACAGAGCUGAAUUAGCUGCUCCUAGGCUAACCUAUUGCCCUUGGGUGUAGUGGUGCAGACAUUGUUCCAUCACCACUGUUGAAGUAAGAGUCAAUUGCUAGUCUGAUUGGUGUCUAUAUUUGGAAUGGGCUAGGGCACUAUCUUGUUCUUUGCCUUGGGCAGCAAAAUGUAUUGCGUGGGCCAGUUGUGCUGUACUGGUCCUCAUGACUCAUUAGCAUGUUUAUUUUAUGUGCAGCUUUUAAUAGUUGGCUUCUUGGUGUAUAACAGUUAUAAUAGCACCACAAAAAUCCCAUUCUCUCAAAGCUAGAAAUUGAAAUUUUAACAUUUAAACUUGAUAAUGGCAGUCUUAAUUUAUGUGGAAAGAGGUAAACUGUGAUUUCUAUUGGUGGCAGUUUAUCUGUGAAUCAUAUUUUAGGAAUUUUUUACAGGCUUUGUAGUUUGUUAUGCAUUCAUUUUAAUUGUUUGCAGUGAUCCAUAGCAGUACAAUGAUAAUUAAUUAGAACACUUUUACUACUCUUGCUUAUUUUUAUAAAAGUUUCUCAUUUCUUCCUCUAAGCAUUCUUGCUGUUCUGUGUAUAUAUAUUUUUUCAAGCUGCAACAAAACUUGUUAAUUGAACUCUGCAAUAUAUAUUUUUCUUUUCAAAGAGCAAGUUCCUGAAGAUGAAAAUUUUAAAAUAUUGUCUUUGCAGAGGUCAAGAUCACAAAAUAUUGUUCCCUGUACAGUGUCCCAGUUACUUUCUGCUGAACAGGUAGAUGAUGCUUUCAGGGUCCGAGAUGUUGAGCUUUCACAGGUAAGCUGGCCAGCCACACUGCUGUAUAUUGUUCUGGGAUUAAGGAAAUCUGCCAUCUGCCACUUGGAUUGUUUUACUAAAGUACUCCUCAGAAUUUCCCUACCUGCUUCCUUAAAUCGAGCAUUCUUCUCAGUCAUGAGACAUCUUUGCUGGUUGUGGCAAACUAUUAUUCAUUUGGGGUGGAUAGAUUUGUGGGCAUUAGUUAAUAAUAUAUAGAAUGUUACAUUAUUUAACUAAAUGCCCUUGAGAUAGUUUCUAAGCUCGUGAUACAACUUAAAGCUAGAGGUUGUGUCAGUAAGAAAUGUCAUCUGUUUCUCUGUGCAGGUCAUUGUUGUUGGCAUAAUCAGGCAAGCAGAAAAAGCACCAACAAACAUUCUCUACAAAGUGGAUGACAUGACCGCAGCCCCGAUGGAUGUCAGGCAGUGGGUCGAUGCAGAUGUAAAUAUCAGUUUGUCUAAACUAAGAGAGCCAGCAUAAUGUUAUAGUUAGAGUUCCCGACUAGAACUGGGGAGACUUGGUGGUAGGAGACUUGCCUGGCAUCUUACCUUUCUCUCCUUUUCCUGUGCAGCAGAAGUAGAAUGCAUAAUUUAAAAUAGGUAAAUAGUUCAAAUUUGCUUGAUUGAAUUCUUAAUGCAAGUUACAUAGAAUUUAACUUCAUUUGGUGCAGAAUUUUUUAAAUUUGGCCUAGUGUCUGUCCAGUCCCUGCCCAUGAUUGUUCCACAGGUUUGUGAUCAGGCAAUGAUGUAUUCUUGCUUGUACCCAUUGCAGCAGAAAAACUUGUAGGGAAGCAGUCAUAAAAACGAGGAGCCCUUCUGAUUGGACUAUGCAAACUACUGUCAUCUCUCUAACUGUGCCAUAAUUAUGGAAAAGUGAGAAAUUGUGUUUUGAAUGGCUUUACCCAUAUUGUUAUAUGUAUUCUAUAUGAUGGUUGUUAAAACACUUUUCUCAAGUUUGAUUACCAAAUUGCUGGUAAAGGCCAAGAAACCACUAUCCUAUUCUCAAUUUUAUUAUACAGGAGGCAGGUAGUGAGAAUGUUGUGGUGCCUCCUGGAACAUAUGUGAAAGUUCUAGGCCAUCUGCGAUCUUUCCAGGUAAGAAGACAAGAUUAUCCAUUACUAAUAUUACUCUUCCCUCCCACACACCAAAAGGACUAAGCCUUGCUAUACAGAGUCCUGUUCAUUUUGUGUGUGACUAUUAAUUACUCAAGUAGGAAGGAUCUGUGCUCCUGUGAAAUCAGUCCUUGAUACUUAAUUUGAAAUGUGUUCCUCCUCUGUUGGGAAUUGGAUUGUAUUUAGUUUAUUAGUAUAUACUCUCUAGCUUCAUUGAGAUGGAAAACGUGCUUCCAAGCCUAAUAUACCCCUCCCCAUUUUAUUCACCACUAUAUAAAAUAUAGUGUCAGAACAAGUGGAUUUGGCAUAUGUGAAAACAAUAUUCCCUCUAGAGAGAGAAUAUGAUUUGUCAACUUCUGGUGUACCAAAUUCAUUAUAAUUCUUUGAAAAUGUUGAUUAGUAGUGGUUCAUUUACCAGUGUAUUCUUGGAUGCAGAAGACUCUUUAAGAUGUGGGGCUAGUCCUCCACAAACGCUGAAAAUUUGAGCUUUGGCUUUAAAAGGGAGAGUGAAAGUUUCUUAAGAUCAUGAACAUAAUUAGGAAAAUGCACUCAACCAUUGUUUUAAGAUGCCACUAAAAUUAGCAGGGAGCACAUUUACAUUUUUUUAAAAAAAUUGUUUCCCCCUAUCACUAAUGUAAAAAAUUUAGAAGCUAACAUUUUAUCUGUAAGUUGCCUUGAGUCCCUGCCAGGAAAAAGGCAGGGUAUAAAUAAAUAUAUAAUAGUAAUACCUGGGCAAUAACUGUUCAAUGAGAUGUCAUUUGUUUCCUUUAUCACAGAACAAGAAGAGCCUGGUUGCAUUCAAGAUCCUGCCGCUUGAAGAUAUGAACGAAUUUACUACGCACCUGCUUGAAGUCGUAAAUGCCCAUAUGAUCCUCAGAAAAGGCAAUAUGGUACAUGUAGAAACGAGGCGCACACUAACCUUUUCAUGGAGGGCAAACAACUUUGAAACAUUUGAUUGAGCAGCACAGAAAGUGUUAGCAAGCAGGAGGUUUGCCCUAGCAUAGCCAGAGGGGCCUUGGGUCUUUUUCAGUGGCACAGACAACCUCCCAACAACCCUAUCUUUUAGAAUCUUGUAGUUGCCUUUCAGAUGUUUUUUCCCAGUUCUAAAACUUCUAAUUUCACACCUGUAGUAUUAUAUAAUAACCAAAGUUGGUGGUUGUUCCUUUUCCAUGUAUCUUAGCCCAUGUCAAUGAAGAUGCCGCAACCAGUUGGUUUGAUGGGGAUGGGCAACACGUCAAGCUAUGGAGGAAAUGGCGCCUUGCCAGUGAGUGGGCUCACAGCACACCAAACUCAGGUAUGCAUAAGGAUGACAGGACAAUUCUGGGCAGCGUGUCAGAUUUCUUGUAUCUCGGUCUUCCAGUGACUGCUUUGUCCGAGGUCUUGGGAUCUGGGUCACUUUUGUUGCCUUUUCUAAUGAGAAUAAAAACUCCUGGCUUCGAACUCAUUGCUUUCAGCCCCUAUAUCUACAGAGGCAGCAGUCUGACUGCCUCUUCUGAGUUUCUGUCAUGCACACAAUUUAUUGUACUUUGGGAAUUUGCCAUACAGUCUAGUCAUAAAUGCAGUGGGUGAUAACCAAUUCUAGUCAUGCUAAGACUAGCCCUUUCAGUGGGUCUACUCAUGAGUAAGACUAACAUUAGAUAUCAAGCAACAUAAAACACUAAAGCAGCCUUCUAGGAGUGACAGUUGGCUGUUUAGAAAGUGGGGAACUUCCCUGAUGGGCAAAAACAAAACCCUAAGAAUGAACUGAAUUGCAACAGAGGAGAUUCACAUAAGCUAGGGCUUUGCUGCUUCUUUUUCAUAUAAACAUUGCUUAAGGUAGAGUAAAAACACUUCUUGCUGUGUUCUUCCCCUGAGAUCAAGUACAGAAAGCUGCAUAUGAAUUAUUAAUUCUGUCAAAAUGGCCCAAUUACUUUUGCAAAAUUAUUGUUAAAAAUACAUAUUAUUUCCAACACUUAUUUUUGAUCGUUUCUAUUUUGUCUUUUUAUUGUUAAUCAAGGCAGCUAAAUAAAAAAUGAAUAUGAUCAGCUAAAAUGUUAUAAUUUGAUGUGACAGUGACAAACCCACAGUAAUAGUAUGAAAUACCAAACCAUUCAUCAUAGUAUAAAAAGAAUAAUAUCAGAAUAAAAUCCUGUUUGGAUCAUAGCUUGCUAAAGACCUUCCUGAACAGGAAGGCCUUGAAUUGUUCUCUAAAAAUGUGCAAGUAGUCUUUGUCAGUAGUAGUUUAACCUUUUUAUUAUCAGUUAAAGUUAGUAUAUUAUUCCACUGCUGAAAGUUGAUUUGCUUUUGCUACACCUCUGUUUAGAAUUUCAGCAGUUAUGUUCAUCAUGACAACAGGAGGAAUAACAUUCUUUCUUAAAAUUGUGAUGUGCAUUGAAUGUAUUUCUUAAAACAGAUCGAAUAUUAGUCUUGGAAGUCUAUACUGCACUGCUAUUUGUGUUUGGGUAACACUGUUUUAUUUCUUUCUGUUCAAGAUUCUGAAUUUGAUUAAAAGCUCCACAUCUGCUGAGGGGAUAAGUCUUCAGGAUCUGCAGUCCCAGUUGCGUAGUAUUAAUCUGCCAACACUGAAGUACGUAUAUAUAGGCAGCCUAGGCUUUUGAAAGGAGAACUUACCCAGUGUUUAUCUCAAUUUUCCAAUUGGAUCUUUUAUUUCUUGUUCUCUUUUCCAGGAAAGCUGUUGAAUUUCUUAGCAGCGAGGGACAUAUCUAUUCCACUAUUGAUGAUGAACACUUUAAAUCUACAGAUGCCGAUUAAUGCUUUGUUUAGAUAUAAUACCUUGGUCUAGUAAACUGUUAGACCAAGAUCAUCAUAUCUGAACUGAGCUGAAGUGUCCUUUGAAUUUGACUUAUGGAAUAAGUGGUUUCUGCCCAGAUCAACCAUCAGAUGAUAAUGCAGAAGUGACAACAAGCUGUACAUUUAUAGAAGGUAGUAUCUUUAUCUGUUGAUGGUGAACUUACUAUUCUGGAUAGACAUAAGUAGUGCACAAAUUUAUAAUAGUAUUAAGGAUACACAAGCAAGUGUAUGUAUUUCAGAAGAGAGAAAUGGGCUUGAUGGGAAGAACAUACAAACUUAUAAGUCUUUGAUCGUGUUAUAUUUUGGGCAAUUUUGGAAGUGAUCACUCCACCCAGCUGUGACCCUUGACUGGUUGCCAUGGUUUGGAAAUGGCAUGUCAGAUUUCUCUAUAGGUAGAAGAAAAAUGCUUAGAGUUAUAUUUUUUUUAAUUCUGAACACGUCUGUUCCCCACUGCACUUUGAAUGCCAAGUAGCCUUUUUUCAAGAAAUAUUUCCUAUCUCAAUAAAGCUAUUUUUAUUUUGCA